ACUCAACCGCCGCGCGAGCGCGAAGUGCGAAGCGCGAAGCGCGAAGCGCGAAGCAACGCGCCCUGUGCUUUGCGGCCGCCGCAUGUGGAGAUGUGCGCAUGGAGGCGCCAUUCGCCCGAAGGAACUCUGGUUCGCAGGCGAAGAGGGCGGAGGAGGAUGAGCAGGAGUGCGAGGACUAUUAUGACCUUCGCAAGACGCUGCCCAGAUUCUACCGACUUUUUGAACAUCUCAACAAAGGUAUCCGGCCCAGCACCUCGAUCAUGGCCAAUGCGCUGGAGGUAUCGGAGAAGAUGUGCAGCAAGGACGCCUUGGAGCGCGUCGUCGACGGCUUCAUGUGCUUGGAUGGCACCUUCUCCGUGGAGCUGGAGGGAGGCCGCGUGGUGCUGCGACGGCGGCUCUUGUCACUGCAGGUGCGGUUCAAGGGCAUGCGGCUCUUCAGGAGCCAUGCGCCCGCGGUCGACGUGGACCAAGGAAGUAGGCUCGCUUAUGGUCCGACCACGCCGGAGAUUAUGGAGCGCUUCCCGGCGAGGGUCGCGGGGGUGGAUCUGGCGCGGAAAUAUCUUCUGGCGCUGCUGCCUUUCAGCGAGAAGGAGGUGAGUGACCAGAAGACGAUGGUCAUCACGUGCCCCGAGAAGCCGCGAGAAGUGGGGGAGCAGAUUGCUGGUCUGCCGGGCCUGAAGAGCUACGUGGAGUUUUAUGACAUUGUGGCGGAGAUUCAGGCGACAGCAUCCAGCAGCGUGUUUGCUGCCUUGGGCUUGCCCAUGGGGAACUGCUUCAGAGGCCGCGGCGUCAUUUGGGGCUGGCGCCACUGCGGGCUCAGCAGCUUCGGGCAGCGCUUCGCGCCCUUGGAGCAGCUGCUGUCCGGAUCGCUCAGCGGCAGCGAGUUCCUGUGGUUUUCCAUUGGCGUCCUGCAGGGCCUGUCCUACGAAGGCCUUUGGCUUCAGCGCCCGGUCUGCCGCGAGGGCCCGAUGCUUCUGCUGCUGCGACCCCGGCAGAAGGGCUCCCGCGCCUCCGUUUUACCCUUGGGCGCCUGGGGUGAGGCUGCGCAGCCAGAAGUCCUGGAAGUCGGGGAAUGCGGGCCAGAAGACAUGCCCUUGCUGCUUCAGCUGGUACCGCGGGCUUCCGGCGAAGAAGCAGAGCUGCGAGCGCGUGAAGCGGAGGAGACGCUCGGCACUGGCGCCUGUCGUGUCAUGGGCUCUCUUAUGACCUCGGAUGACAGCCAGGCCGGCCAUCUCUCUGUGCUGCAGAUGGCGAUCCCCUUUCUGAAGCUCAGCAGCCGCUUCUCGCCUGGGUCGGACCGCAUCCAUGCCCUUGGGGAUAUGGUGCGCAGAGGCUACGAAGGCUGCCGCCUGAACAGCUUGCUGCAAACAGAGCCGCAUCUCCGCCUGCCAUGUGCUGCCUGGAUGGAGAGCUGGACACUCGCCGCGCAGGAGGUGCCUGGCUGGCUUCAACACUUUCUGGGUGUGGCUGGGCCACUGUCGUUGAUGAAGAUGCGCGACAGACACAUCGAGCGAGAGCUCGUCACAGCGAAGUCAACGGGUGUUGUCCCCGAUCUCUUCAGCAUGCUGGACAUCAAGCGCGCCAUGCAGGCGCUGAAAGCGAACGACCCCAUGCCCAAAAACUUGUGCUGCCUCAUCGCCGGAGGAAUCAUGAGCUUCGAGGUGACGCCUACGGAGGAGCUGCUGGCAUCCCUCGAGAGCCUCAAGCGGCUGGUGGCAGCCUUGCGAGCGCAAGACACCUAUCGCACAAGGCCCUGGCACUGCAUGGGCUACUUGAGCCAUGGGAGCUUCUCCAGUGGCUCUGUGCUGGUCGGCAGCGCAGGCCAGAUGUGCCUGGCGGGCUUCGGUCUGGGCGCCAUCCCCUCCACCAACCCGCUCGCCGAUACUUUGCAACUCUCCUGCCGCCUGCUGCUGGAGGAUUGCCCACUGCCUGUGGCUCAUGAUGACCUCUACUCCCUGAUGGUCGAGUGUGGAGCAGAUGUGACUACGGUGGCGGACUGGCUUCGGAUUGACGAGGAAACUGCGCGGCUGAUCCUCUACAUGAGUAAGGAGGAGGUCGCGCAACGGCCAGAAUCUUCCAAGGGCCCUCCUCAAGCGUGCGUGGCGCAGCUGCGCUCCGCUGGGCCUUGGCCUGGCGCCGCGGUGCUCGGCUCCCGGGUGCACGCGCGCGAGGGCCAGCUGGAGGCUCAGGCCAUGAGCACGGCACUGCUGGGGCUCUUUCCGGGCUCCUUGGUGCCGGACGCAGGCCCCACUGCGGAGCUGCUGGAGGACCUCGUCGCAGCGCGGGGGAGGCCCACGGAGCACAGGGUCCGCGCCAUCGCAGCGCUGGCACGACCGCAGCUCUCGGAGCCAAGACGCUGGGCCUGGGACCUGCAGGUGGCGGUGCUCGAGGCGAUCGAGGACCGUAUGGAAGCGGAGGCAUUCCAAUUUGCGUCGGACCAUGACCCGUCGCUGAGGAGCGAGUACGAGGCGGUUUGUGCGCUGAGCACGGCCCUGCUGUUGCCCCACCUGGCCGCGGCGCUGGACCUGGUCUUCAGCCAGGCCUUCCCUCCAUGGCAGUGUUUGUGGGCACUGCGGCAUGCUGUUGCGGCAAGCACCCGUUUGGUGGCGCUUCUGCAGGCCUACUUGGAGACGAAGACCAGGCAGUCCCUGAAAUCGGCCUUGUCCGUCCUGGUGCCGGAAGGCUCCCGGAGGCCCUCGGGAGACUUGAGCUGGUCCUUCCAAAAGGUCCAGGACACCCAUGCUGCUGACGCUUCCAUCGCUGCAAUGAACCUGGGAGGAGUGUACUUCGACUUGAAGCAUUGCCUCUUGGUGCGGCUCACUUACAGAAAGGGGGAUGCGGACGAUGAGCUCAUCAAGCCCAGGACGCCCCAGACUGCAAGGUUGAAGCUGAAGUCUCAGGACAAACCGCGCAGGACGUCCCGGUUGGAGCCAGAGAGCGCAGGCACGCAUCGGCGGCCGCAGAGCGGGCUCGGACGGCAGACCAGCCGCUCCAGCCGCAUAAGCACCAGCAGUGCCAUUGAGAGUAAGGCGGAGAGCAUUCAGCUGAGCUAUGCGAAUCCGGGGGGAGAGCACGGCUUCACAGAUCCGCUGCCAGGUAUGAUCACCGAGGAGCUGGUCCCCGGCGCAUCCUCCACAGGCAUGGCGGUGCUGCAAGGCAAAGCCUUCCCUUUGUACGGCUGGCCCUGCCCAUGCUUUGAAGGGCCGGACAAGAAGGAAAAAGAACAGCUGGAGCCGUACGUGGUGGAGACAAACGAUGCAGACGUGGAAGAUCAGGAUGGCAAGCCUGCGCAGCACAAACCUGUGAGCAUGAGGGCUGCCCCGCUUUGGCUGGGCACCUUGCCCGACCACGUGCCGAGCUACAUCCUCCGGAGGACGGUGGCGCCACAAUUGCAGGGGGUGAUGGACAAGACGCAUUUCUACCGAGGCAACAUCCUCGAGUUGUCCCAUGGCUCCGCGUACUUCAUGGGCCCCAUGGGCGUCACGGUGGCACAGACCGCCGCCGUGCAGAAGCAGGCUGCAGAGUUCAAGCUGAAGAUUGGCAUCGCUUCGGUCAAGGGGCAUGCAGCACUCGUGCGGGUCAAGGAGAGCGUUGAGAUCAACAAGUCCAACGACUUGACCAAGCUCUUGGACUCGGAAGAUUGGGUUCGCGUCCAUUUGCGCAUGUCGUGGUCCUUCGAGAGCAACAACAAGGAUGGCGUGUAUGUGGGGGGCGACGGCCCCGUGAAAGCCUUCCAAGAGUUGCGGAAGGUGGCGGGAUGGAUCGACGGCGGCCGCGCAUUUGUACUGCCGGCCUUUCUGAUCUAUGAAGCACAUCGCGUGGAGGCUUGGGUGUCGCCCUUCUUCACCUCGCCUGUGCAGACGGACGUGGAUCCGACGGCUUCAUUGAAAGUGGUCACGAAGAUCGUCCUGACCGACUUUGAGAACCUCAUCAGGGGCGACGCCAGUCGGAAUGUUGCAACUGUCGAUGUGACCCUCUUCUUCAGGUGCAGUGAAGAGGUCCGCAUUUUCCCGAGAGGCGCACGGCUGCGCCUGUUGUCGCAGGAGGACGUGGUCUUUGAGGAGAGGAAGGACCACCUUGAGAAAGCAGACCCGCCGCGCCGAGUUGACAGCCACCUCUCGGACGCCUCCUUUGGCAAGCAGGAGACUCCUGACGAGCGCAAGCCACGGGACCGCCGGGUGUUGCCGCAGCACACAGCCACUAUACUGGACUUGUCCCGCGCACGACCAGGCAUGUACGAUAUCCAGCUGGACGGCGUCAAGAGAACAGCCUUCUUCGACCCGCGGCCAGGAAACUAUAAGCUGGCCGGGGUCUUCCGCUACGCGCAGUCGCAGCAGCUGGUGAUCUUCGCCGGGGAGUGGAUGGAUGCGGAGGUGCUAAGCGUCAGCGUGGGCAACCUCCACGAGCUGCGGAUCGAGGAUCCAAGCGGGCAGAAGCGCAAGCAAAAGGUGAGCCUCAACGAGCUGAACCACUCCCCGGCAAAGCUCAAACUGGCCCUGUACGAUGCGUGCGCGCAAAGGUUCAACCAGGACCUGUGGAUGCGCCAUAGCCAUAUUCCAGAUGCCCUCUCAACUCGGUGGAUUGACGUGCUGGCGCUGACCUUUGCGGUUCUCCCAGUGGCCUCGGCAGAGGAGUCAGCCGAAGACUCUGAAAGCGCUGAUGACGGCAGCAGCAGCUCAGCAGAGGCCAGUGACAGCGAUUUGGAGGGCGUCAAAGAUGAAAGCCUCGAAGGGCACGAGCAGGCCUGGCAAAAGCUUCUGCAGGACAUCGCCCCCCUCUCCAGCAAGGUGCGCGAAGCGGGGGCGGUGCAGGGUCGUACAGUGCUGGUUUGGGGCAAGCCGGCCACGGGCAAGAGCACCUUGUUGCACCGUUUGCUCCUCGAGAGCCUCGUUACAUCGGGUGGAGGAGUGGUGCCUCUUGUGCUGGAGGCAAAGGAGAUAGUACGUGUCAUUUGUCCACCGGGAGGCUAUUGUGCUGAAGGCGAUGUGUUGGAUGUUCUUUUGCAGACCCGCUUCGAGCAGAACAAAGCCAGCUACAAGCUCCUGUGGCAGGCCCUAUACAGCCGCAGAGUCAUCAUAUUUGUGGAUGGAGCUGAUGAAAACGAUGCGAAGUCUUGGGAGUAUCUCACCCACUACUUGAAUCUCCUGAGUAGCAUCGGCCACUUGAUCGUGCUCUUUGCUCGGCCUCUACAGAACAACCUCCGCUGGCACGUGAAGAGUCACUUGCAGCCCAGCAGUGUCUACCGCCUCGGCCUCUUCUCUGUGCCGCUGCAACGGUUGGCGGCCUGCGCACGCUUGGGCGCGUUUUCGGCCGACGACUUCCAGCACACCUUUCAGCACUGCGAAGCGAUGCGGCGGCAACCAGCAGGCCAGGCGCUGCUGGUGUCCCAGGCAGAGCUCCGCGACAGUGGACGUUUGGUGAGCUCCGGGCAGGAGGAGCCGUGCACGCACUUGCUUGGACAGAUGGCAGAGACCGCUGUUCCGCAUUUGAUCAGCCUCAACCUCUCCGCGUGUUUGCCGGAGAAUGCCAUGGCAUGGGUGCUUCAGUUGCUGGAGGUCAUGGCCAUGAAACUCUACAUCGACUCCGCGCAGCUUCUGCUACCAGAAACCAUGACCCAAGUGGUGGAAGCAGAGCAUGCGGAGCUGGAGGGAAGUUGGUCCUUCGUGCGGGCUUUGAUCCAAUCCAAGCAGUUUGUGCUGGUGGAGCCCUGCCUGCCGCCCUUCGACAAAGAGAAAGUCAGCCGGUCGUAUAUGAGGUUCGUGCCGCUGGUCUUGCGGGACUACUUCUUGGCGCGCUGCUUCACCCGAUAUCUUCGCGAGAAGAGGAUCUUGGGAUUGCCGCGGCCGGAGGAUAUCAUGUUCGCCACAGAAUGGGACUUGUUCUUUGACCUCAUGAUUGAGAUGGCUGCAGCGAACAAAGUGAUGGUCUCCAUUGACUUGAGCAGCAAGAAGGGAAUGACCGAAGAGCAGUUCGCCAGCUUCACGCGGCGCCUGGCGAAUCUCAAGACCCCCGUCAUCCAGCUGGACAUGCCGCCCAACCAGGUGAACCUGCCCCCGGAGCUGGAGCGCUUGAUGGUCGCAGCUCAGAAGUCGGUGAACCACCUGGGCUUGGGCUGCAACGCCUUGGCAGAAAAGGGCGCCGCGCUGCUGUCGUCCUUGCUGCUGGACUGCGAGGUGACCUUCCUGCAGUUGCGCAAUUGUCUCCUGGGGCCCGAUGGCACCAACGCCCUGGUGCAGGCCUUCCUCCGCGUGACUCGGCGCCGUCCUUCGCUGAAGCACGCGGCCACCACCAAGCUGACGCUGCCUGGGGAGGCAAAGCUGACGCUGCCUGGGCAAGAACUGGAGGCCGAACAGCCAAGCCCUCCGCCCUCUGCGGGUUUCAAGGUGAGCAUCCUGGACCUCAGCGGCAACGGCUUGGGCUCAGAAGGUGUGCAAGCCUUGGUGCCGGUCCUCGAGAUGCGGGAGAGGGACGGCGGAGUUCUGGAACGUCUUUGUCUCGAUGAAAACGGCCUAGGACCUCAGGGCGCCAUGGUCUUGGCCAAGGGUUUGAAGAAAAACUCCGUGCUGCGAGGCCUCAGCUUGUCGCGGAACCGCUUGAUGGACGACGGCCUCGAGGCCCUCGCGCAGGCGCUGCCCGGCGCCUGCGGCCGCCGCCUGCGCAGGCUGGUGCUGAGUAGCAAUGAGCUGACAGGCUUGGCUGGCCAAUGCCUCGCGGAAUCCCUUACUGGCAAGGCCUGCGCACACCUGGAGCGCCUGGACCUGGCCAACAACCCCCUGGAGGCCGAGGGGGUGCGCUUCUUGUCGGAGCUUCUGCAGAAGGGCCUGCCCAACCUCAAGGAGCUCGACCUGGAGUACACAUAUGCCGGCAGUGAUGGUGCCGGGCAUCUGGCAGACGCAAUCAUGGCAGGGAUCCCGCUGCGGCGCUUGGAGCUGUGCGGCUGCCGGGUGGGCGCAGAGGGCGCAGGGAAGUUGGCCGCCGCGCUGAGGCACCCGCAAGGCUGCAGGCUCACGCGCUUGGGCUUGCGCGGAAAUGCCAUUGAGGACGAAGGCGUCACAAAAAUCGCGAACGGUCUGCUGGAAGUGGGCUUAAGAUGUUUCGAGUUCGAGCGCAGCCAGAGGGCGUCAAGCAAUCGAAGCAGCUUCGCAUCCAACGGGCCUGGGACCUCCGCCUCACGCCGAAGCACAGCGGACAAGACCCCCGCCUUUCUGACGCAACUGCAGGAGCUGGACGUGGCCAACAACCGCAUCGGCCUCUUCGGCGCCGAUGCCCUGGCGGCAGUGCUCACAGGCGCCGCCAAGACGCGGCUCACGUCGCUGGACGUGUCGCGGAACUGCCUAGGCCGCCAGGGCGUGGCGGCGCUCGCCGCCGGCCUGGAUGAAGGAUGCCCGCUGCAGCAUUUGAACGUGGGUAGUGCCAAGAUGGGCGACGGAGGAGCAGAGGCCAUGGCGAAAGCGCUGCAAAAGGGGCCCAAGAGCAUGGUGUGGCUUCAGAUCCAGGAGAACCGCAUCGGACAACGUGGGCUGGAGCUGUUGAUCGAGGCCAUUCUCAAGGUGCCGAGUUUGCAGCGCCUGGCCGCCGGCGGCAACCUGGCGCCCGAUGACUGGCCAGACUACUUGCUGAAUAACCUGGUCUGUGCCAACCGCGCCGGUGUGACCAAGCCCUCGGUGCAGCUGCUGAGCCCCUCGGGCCGGCGCUGGCUGGGCUUCCGCUCCGUGCAGCGCAACACCAGCUUUGGUACUAUGGACCCUCGCUUCGCGACAGUCCUGCAGCUGGAGCAGGCCAAAGACGGUUCUAGACGAGUCAGGAGGACUAGCGUGCUCAAGCAGUCAGCAUCAUAGACGAGGCCUCAGCAGCGAGAAGUUCUACAUGUGGACCUUUUUUCGGCAUGGUUGUCGCGUCGAGGCUUCCUGUACACGAGCCAGCCAGUGGAUGUUUUUGCCCACCUUGGCUCCUCGAAAGCGCAGAGGCAGCCGGCCAAGUCUGAGUCGUUGCAGCACAAGCACUUUAGAAUC